AUCGUACAGCACCGAGCCCAUGUCGAGCGCGAAGAACAUCUUGAUUUCGCGCACCAAACCCAAAAUCGCCUUGAAGGGCAGCAGGGGCUUCGGCCCCUUGUUGAAGAUGAGGUUCCACUCGCUCUCGCCGUGGCGGAUGAAGAUGAUCCGCUUCGUCUUCGUGGGACCGAGCGCCGCGAGCGUCGCGGUGUCGAGCGGCCGCCGCGUCCAGCGCUUGUCGCGCCCGAAGACCAUGAGCAGGGCGCCGUAGACGUAGAGCCGGAUCUUCUGCAGGACCUUGUAGAUCGACGCCGCGUCGAGCAGGAUGCACGUCGCCACCGACGCGCAGAGCAGCGCCGUCACCACGAGCUCCCAGGCGAGGGCCGCCGACACCAUGGCCGUCGCGGUCGCGGACGCCGCGGCGACGCCCGCGCCGCCGGCGGGCGCGCGCGGCGGCGGCGGCGGACGGCGGCGGACGACGACGACAGCGGCGUCGACGAGAGCAGCCCGGCUGUGUGGGUGGCUGCCGCCGCUUCACUGAGAACAAUGUUGAUUUUGUGGGAGCCGACGAUGCCGCAGACCAGCAGCCCGACUCGCGAGAAUACAUUAUGCUACUUAAAUCCCUGCUCCUCGCGUCGACGGCCGCGGCCUCGGAGCCCGCCUUCCGCGCCUGGAUGGCGGCCCACGGCCGCACCUACGAGGGCGCGGCCGAGUUCGAGGCGCGCCUCGCCGUCUUCGUCGAGAACACGGCCGCCAUCGCCGCGCUGAACGACGACCCCGAGGACGGGGCGACCUACGCGAUGAACGCGUUCGGCGACCUGUCCGCGGACGAGUUCCGCGCCCAGCGCCUCAUGGGCGAGGGCCGCGCGCCGCCGGACCUCGCCGCGGCGCCGCGCCUCGCGGUCCCGGCCGGCGACGCGCCCGACGCCGUCGAUUGGCGCGACGAGGGCGCGGUGACGGCCGUGCGCGACCAGGGCAGCCUCGGCACCUGCUGGAUCUUCAGCACGGUCCAGAACCUCGAGGGCCAGGCCGCGAUAAAGUCCGGGGAGAACGCGACGGACCUGUCCGUGGAGCAGAUCCUCGAGUGCGACAAGAACUCCAACGCGACGGCGGACCAGGCGGACUGCGGCGAGUUCGGCGGCUGGCCCUACCUCGCCUUCGAAUACCUGAUGGACGCCGGCGCCCCGCGGCGCGGCCUGCGGUCCGAGGCGGAGAUGCCCUACUGCUCGGGCCCCAAGGGCUACUGCGAGUCCAAGGACGGCUUCGCCGUCGAGGUCGCGUCCUGGAAGGCGAUCUCGACGGACGAGGCGGAGAUCGCCGCCGCGCUCGCGGCGACGGGCCCGCUCUCCGUCGUCCUCAACGCCCAGAAGCUCCAGUUCUACAAGAAGGGCGUCUACAGCCCCAUGCUCUGCAGCAAGGACAAGCUCGACCACGCGGUCCUCGCCGUCGGCUACGGCACGGACGGCGGCAAGGACUACUGGACGGUCAAGAACUCCUGGGGCGCCAAGUGGGGCGAGGACGGCUACUUCCGCAUCAAGCGCGGCGACGGCACCUGCGGCAUCAACACGCACGUCACGACGGGCGUCCUCGCGUAG